CUAUGCCGUUUCUGGAUAGUAAAUUGAGCAGCAAAUUUGCAUCGGUUAUUGAGGAUGAUGUUGGGAUAGUUGGUAGACCUCUCAUCAAGACUAAAUUCUGGGAAGAAGUUCCGAAAUCUCAGGUUAUGACCAAUACGGUCAAGUUGGAGUCUAAGCUAGCAAUAAAUUCAUUGGAUAAUGUAGUUGCUCUUGGAACCAUCGUUGAAGUUGAUAUUGAGGCCAGCAAACAAACAAUCCAUGGUGUUCCAAUGGGAGAGGAAAAUGUGCGCGUGUCAGUCACCAAAGCUAUUGUUGAAGAUGCUUUGCUACCAUUUCCUAUCAAAGAUGAGAUUGUCAAAAUACGCGAUGCGAUUGGCACAUGCGUUGCUUGGCCUAAAAACUUGAUUAUACCCCCCACAGUUGAGCAAAAGGAAGGAGUAAAGCGUAAAAUUGUGAAGAAGAGAAAUAGAGACAUAUAUGAUGAUGAUGAUCAUGAUGACCUUCAAAACCUGCCAGCCAAGUUGCCUUUACCCCUAAAGAUGUUGUGCCAAUGGGCCAACACAUUCUUAAAGGAUGGGUUCACCAUCCACACCACUUUGGGAGAAGAGCUUUUAGGCCAUCCAAAGAAGGUAGCUAUCUUUAGGAGGGAUGUGUAUGCCAUGACCAACAUGAAGGAGAUAUCGAACGGCUCAUUAGUGAUGUAUAUGAGCUACCUCUAUCAGGUUUUGAAGAAAACAAAGAUGCUGGAAAUGAUCGCCUUCAUAGACCCUGAUCACACUGGUGCACUUGCGUGUGGAAAUCCAACAGAACGAGCUCGUUCUCUAGCUGUUCGGUAUGGAAAUGGGAAGCCUGGCCAGGUUUUUCUAGUUCCAUAUAACUCAGGUUGUCAUUGGAUGUUGACGGUUGUGAACCCCGGUGAAGAAGUGGUGCACUUCAUGGAUCCAUUAAAGAGGCGACUCAUCACCGGUGAAUGGAAAACUAUUGUGGACGAUUCCAUCAGAAUAUACAAUGCACAGAAAAAUAAGAAAGGCAGAAAAAUAGUUCAAUGGAAAAAUUGUGCGGGCAUUCCGGAGCAAUUGGGCGAUAAAACUUGUGGACUGUGGAUUAUGCAUUACAUGAAAGACAUAGCGGAGGACAAAAAUCAACAGUGGAGUGCUAAGUGGGAAAGGAAAGCAAAUCACUUCUACACACAAAAAGACAUUGAUCAGGUCCGGGCCGAGUGGGCAAAGUAUGUCAGCCAAUUUCAGCAAAGCUAGUGUGUCGAGAAGAUUCUAAUUUUGGACAUGCAUCAUCUAUAACCCAUAUUAACUAGUUAUGCAGUUGGUCUAAGUAUCUAUUUUUGGCCUGCAAGUACAGUUUAUGAUCAGUAGCUAGUAUGAGAUAUCAGUGGU